CUCCGGGUAGGGCACCCUUCAUCCCGCUCUGCGCGGCCCUGCUGCCCGAUCAGAACGCUGAAACGAGCUUUUAGAUCCAUUAGAACUGAAGCAGCGGUUCUGACCGUCGGGACCAGAGAGGCAGGUGGCCUACUGACAAACAUACAUGUACACGGACGAGCGCGUGCACGCACGGACACACGACCAGCGUGCACGAGGUUGCGCCGUGCCCGCGUCUCUCUGCACACCAGCAGCCGGCCCUUUCAGGAGCACCAGCAGCCGCUGCAGAGGGAAUCCAGCCGGGCUCCCGUCGGUUCUGGACGUGCUGCGGACGGGUCCGAGGUCCAUGGACCUGCACACCGUGAUUCUGGACGACACGAGCGGGAUGGCGUUAUAAUGGGAUGGAUCUGAAUAUGGCCAAAUGGACAGGCAUGCAAGCUCUUCUCCUCAAUGUGGCUCUUCAGCUCUUCCUCCUGCUUUUCAAGCCAUCAGCCUCCUAUGAUCAGAAGACCCAUGAAGCCCCUCAGGAUGGAGCAAACUUCAGCUUUACCCAUUCAGUUUACCACACAACAGUUUAUGAAAACUCAGCAGCGCGCACCUAUGCCAACAGUAAAAUUAAAAUGGGCAUUCAUCUUUCCAAGAGAUCCUGGGAGAUCCGCUACAGAAUCACCUCAGGAGAUGAUGAAGGGCUUUUCAAGGCCGAGGAUUAUGUGCUGGGGGACUUUUGUUUCCUGCGCAUAAGGACCAAGGGGGGCAAUGCAGCCAUCUUGAACCGAGAGAUUCAGGAUAACUAUGUACUAACUGUGAAAGCCUCUGUCAAGGGAGAGGCCCUUAUUGAGACCUGGACUAAAGUCAGCCUCCAGGUCUUGGACAUGAAUGACCUCCGACCUUUGUUCUCACCUACCACAUACUCUGUUACCAUAGCAGAGAGCACUCCUCUCAGGACUAGCAUAGCACAAGUUACUGCUACAGAUGCAGAUAUUGGCUCCAAUGGAGAGUUUUACUUUUUUUUCAAGGAGAAAAUGGAAUUGUUUGCCGUACACCCAACCAGUGGAGUGGUCUAUCUCAGCGGAAAGCUUAAUGUUGAUGAGCAGGACAGGUAUGAUUUGGAAAUCCUAGCAGUGGACCGUGGCAUGAAGCUCUAUGGGAAUAACGGAGUCAGCAGCACAGCCAAACUUUUUGUUCACGUAGAGCGUGUGAAUGAACAUACCCCAGUCAUGAAUGUGGUCACGCUCAGCCCCUUCAGGUUGGAUAAAAAUCCUGUGUAUGCAAUGCUCACUGUUGAAGACCUCGAUGAAGGGUUGAAUGGAGAAAUUGAUUCUGUUGUCAUUGUGGGCGGGGACCCUUCAGGACUGUUUUUCGUAGACAAAUAUGAAGAGGGCGAGUUUGCCAUUAAAGCCACUGAGGCAGUAAACUGGGAGACCUUCCCAUUUGGCUGUAACCUCACCUUACAAGCUAAAGACAGAGGAGUCCCACAAAAGUUUUCUGAUGCCAAGGUUGUCCACAUUAUGUUCUCCAAACAGCAGACGACAGAAUCGAACUUUGAGCAGGAGUUGUAUGAAGUUUGUCUAAAUGAAGUUUCACCUCCAGGAACAAUUGUAGGAGCUUUUAAAAUCCAACCUGAGUCUGAUGAUGCAGAGUAUGUCCUGAUCCCUUCAGCAGAUUCCAAUUUUUUUAAACUCAACUCCCUAACAGGUGUCAUCUCUACCACUCACUGGUUCACUCAGACAUCCCAGGACAUUUUUAUUCUUGAAAUACUGGAAAUAGAAACUAACCUACGAGCUAAAGUACAGCUAACUAUUGAAGAUGCCAAUGAUAACACGCCAACAUUUGCCCAGUCUUUCUAUGAGGUUUUUGUGAAUGAAAGUGUGCCGAUUGCAACUAAUAUUCUAACGGUUUCUGCUGUAGAUGAUGAUAAAGGUGAAAAUGGAUAUAUAACUUACAGCAUUUACAGUCUUCAGUCAUUACCCUUCAAAAUCAACCAGUUUUCUGGUGUCAUAAGCACCACUACAGACUUGGACUUUGAAUCCUCCCCAGAAAUCUUUGUGUUUAAAGUCCGAGCUUCUGACUGGGGCUCACCUUACAGGCGAGAAAGUGAAGUCAAUAUUACCAUUCACUUAGAGAAUGUAAAUGACAACCAACCAUUAUUUGAAAAGGUAGCAUGCAAGGGGGUGAUUUCUGCAGAUUUCCCAAUAAAUGAAAUAAUUACCACAAUGUCUGCCAUUGAUGUAGAUGAGUUAGAACUUGUAAAGUAUAAAAUAAUUUCAGGGAAUGAGCAGGGGUUCUUUGAACUCAACCCUGAUUCAGGAGUCCUUGCACUUCAGCGUUCUCUUGCUACACUGAGUUCUAAGAACAGCAUCUUCAGCUUAAAGAUAACUGCCACAGAUGGUGAAAACUUCUCCGAUCCCAUGUUCAUCAACAUCUCAGUUGUUCAUGGCAAAUCUCUCCCUAAACAUUUAACAUGUAAAGAAACAAGAGUGGCCCAAAAACUGGCUGAAAAAUUACUGAAAAAGUCCAAAGCAAGCACCAGGCCUAAAUUGGAGGAAGGUUUUAUUGACCUUUUCUCUGUCAAUCGACAAACACCUCAGUUUGAUAAAGCAUUUCCCUCAGAAAUAGCUGUGCAGGAAGACCUGAAAGUUGGCUCAAAUGUUUUCAGAGUAAACGCGUAUGAUGGGGACACUGGCUUCAAUGGGCAGAUUGUAUACUCAAUAGCAGAUGGAAACACUGACAGCUGUUUUACCAUUGACAUGCAGACUGGUCUAAUCAGUGUGUUUCUGCCAAUGGACAGAGAACAGAGAGAUCAUUAUCUCCUCAACAUAACUAUCUAUGACCUUGGCCUCCCACAGAGAAUGGCUUGGCGUUUGCUUACGGUCCACAUAGAGGAUACAAACGAUAAUGCACCUCAGUUUUUGCAAGAAGGAGGCUAUAGAAUAGUCCUACCUGAAAACACUGCUAUAGGUACAGAUGUCAUACAAGUUGAGGCUACUGAUAAAGAUCUUGGACCCAAUGGGGAGAUUGUAUACUCUCUUUUGACAAGCACCUCCCAGUUUGGCAUUAACUCUACUAAUGGAAUUGUGUAUGUUGCUGGCCAUCUAGAUAGAGAAUUAGUUCCUACUUUUAACCUGAAGAUUGAGGCUCGAGACUCAGCAGGCAAAGGGAGACACAAGUUUUCUGUGACAACUUUGAAAAUCCUGUUGGAGGAUGUAAAUGACUGUCCCCCACUCUUUAUUCCCAGUGUGUACAAAGCCAGGGCUCUGGAGGACCUUCCAAUUGGAACUGUUGUGGCCUGGCUAGAGACCCAGGACCCAGAUCUGGGCUUGGGUGGCCAAGUACGAUUCUCUCUUGUUAAUGACCACAAUGGUUGGUUUGAGUUGGACCGGAACAGUGGAGCUAUUCGACUCACAAAGGAGCUAGACUACGAGACCCAACAGUUCUACAACCUCACAGUAAAGGCCAAGGACAAGGGAAGACCAGUGUCUCUGCUCUCUGUCACCUUUGUGGAGUUGGAAGUAAUAGAUGUGAAUGAAAAUCUCUACGCUCCGUACUUCACCCACUUUGCGUUGACUGGAUCAGUUAAAGAGAACGCCCCAAUUGGAACCACUUUAUUUAAAGUUAGUGCUAAUGAUGAUGAUGCUGGUCGAGAUGGAGAAAUCAUCUACUCCAUUCGUGAUGGGACUGGGCUUGGACGGUUUUUUAUCGAUGAAGACACAGGUAUGAUCUACACCACAGACACAUUGGAUCGAGAGACCAAGGACUCCUAUUGGCUAACAGUGUAUGCCAGUGACCGCGGUGUGAUUCCUCAGUUCACCACUAUCGAGGUGUUUGUUGAAGUGGAGGAUGUUAACGACAAUGCUCCUUUGACCUCUGAGCCCUUGUACCGCUGCUCAGUACCUGAGAAUUCUCCCCGGGAUGUUUCUGUGGUCCAAAUCCAAGCUCAGGAUCCAGAUGUCUCACCCACCAACACCGACUGGCUCAGCUACAGGAUCGUCAGUGGAAACCCCCAGAAUUUCUUCACCAUCAACCCUCGCACUGGAUUAAUCAGCACAACUUCCAGGAAGCUGGACCGAGAGCAGCAGACAGAGCACAUGUUGGAGGUGCUAGUUUCAGAUGGUGGUCCUAGUCCCAGGAAGACUACAGUGUGGGUCAUGGUUCUGGUCCUAGAUGAAAAUGACAACAAACCCACAUUUCAUGAAAAGGUCUACCAAGUCAAACUUCCAGAGAGAGAGCGCAGAAAGAAAGCGGAGCCCAUCUAUCGUGUAUUCGCCUACGACCUUGACGACGGUCCAAACAGCGACCUCUCUUACAGCAUCGUGGACGGAAACGAAGACGGGAAGUUCUUCGUUGACCCAAAGUCAGGAGUUGUGUCGUCACGGAAGGCCUUCAUGGCAGGAAGCUACGACAUCCUGACUAUCAAAGCUUCAGACAACGGACGUCCACAGAAGUCCUCAGUAGCUCGUCUGCACAUUGAGUGGAUCCGCCGCUCUCCUCCAUCCUCUCUGCCUCUGCGUUUUGAUGAGCCUUUCUAUAACUUCACUGUCAUGGAGAACGAUAAGACGGCAGAGAUCGUGGGUGUGGUGUCUCUGCACCAAAACACAGUCCCUGUGUGGUUUGAUAUCACAGGUUCCAGGUCUUUCCGUGAGAUGUUCUGUGUUCUACAGAACGCUUGUAUAAGGAACUGUUCCUCUGAAGGUGGGAACAGUGACAGUGUAUUUGACGUUGAAAAGGCUGUGGGUACCAUCAUCAUUGCCAAACCUUUGGAUGCUGAACAACGCUCCUUCUACAACCUGACAGUUUUGGCCACAGACGGCACUAACACUGCAUACACACAGAUUCACAUUACAGUUUUGGACAACAAUGACAAUGACCCCAUCUUCUCCCAGCCUAUCUACGAGGUCACUAUUUCAGAAGAUACGUCACCCAACACAGAGGUGGUCCAGGUUCAGGCGUCAGAUCGAGACGAGCAUCACCAGCUCACCUAUGCUCUGUACAGCUCCAUCGACCCGAACAGCAUGCGCCUGUUUCGGAUCCACCCAUCCCUGGGCAUCGUCUACACCUCUCAGAGACUGGAUCACGAGGCCUGCACCCAGCACAUUCUCACAGUCAUGGUGAAAGACCAAGAAUUUCCAUACCGAAAGAAUCUGGCUCGUGUUCUGAUAGAAGUGGAAGAUAUAAAUGAUCAUGUACCGGUUUUUACAAGUGCCUUGUACGAAGGCUCAGUCUAUGAGUCUGCUGCAGUAGGAUCUGCUGUAGUUCAGGUUACUGCCAUGGACAAAGACAAAGGCAAGAAUGCAGAGCUACAUUACUCCAUUGAAGCAGGGAACACGGGGAAUGCUUUCACCAUUGAGUCAGUUUUAGGUAUUAUUAGAAUUGCACGUCACCUGGACUUGUCCAGCAUAGGUCACUAUGUUAUUACUGUCAGAGCCACUGACGGCGGCACUCCUUCAUUAUCCACGACCUCAAUUGUCCGUAUUGCUGUGACUCUGUCUGACAAUGCUGGCCCAAAGUUCCCCCAACCAGAGUACCAGACUGAGAUAAAAGAGAAUGUAAUGGUUGGGACCUCAGUCACCACAGUCAGUGCCAUCAGCCUGUCUACCCUCACUUAUGAGAUCAAGAAGGGCAACACAGACCAAGUUUUUCAAAUAAAUCAAUACAGUGGAGUCAUUACUACUCAAAGGCCUCUAGACUAUGAGACCGUAGCAUCUUAUACCCUUACAGUCCAGGCUGCCAACAUGGCUGGAAUGGCCUCCAAUGCCACCUUGCUAAUCCAGAUAGUGGAUGAGAAUGAUAAUCCACCAAUGUUUCAGCAGGACCACUAUCAUGGCAGCAUCAGUGAGGUAGCACCACUCAACAGUGUGGUCUUAAACACCGAUAACCUGCCUCUAGUAAUCAGAGCAACUGAUGCUGACUCUAACCAAAACUCCCUGCUGGUCUACCAGAUUGUUGAAGACACUGCCAAAAUGUUCUUCACCGUGGACUCCGGAACUGGCUCCAUUAGAACCAUUGCUAAUCUAGACCAUGAGACAUUUUCCACUUUCCACUUCCAUGUUCAUGUCAGAGACAACGGAAGGCCACAGUUAACAGCAGACAGUCCAACUGAGGUCACGAUACAAGUGACAGACUCCAAUGACUCACCCCCCUACUUCACCCAAAGCACCUAUGAAACAGUACUGCUUUUGCCCACCUAUGUUGGAGUGGAACUGUUGCACCUGUCUGCUGUGGACCCUGACAGUGAUGUUCCUACAGAGCUCACAUACUCCCUGACUGAUGGGGUAUUGCAGAACUUUGCCAUAAAACCUUCCAGUGGAAUUAUUGUUGUAAAAAACAGCAGCUUCACCAAAGAGCUUUUUCGCUUUAGUGUCCGAGUUUCAGAUGGAAAAUUCUCCAGCGCUGCUUCGGUGACUGUACUUGUCAAAGAAUCUUUGGACUCUGGUCUCAGUUUUACUCAAAGCAUUUACUUUUCUUCCAUUAAAGAAAAUGUGUCCAACAUAACCAAAGUGGCUGUGGUCAGUGUUGUGGGAAACCGCCUCAAUGAACCUCUGAAGUAUACUCUGCUGAAUGCUGGGACACGUUUCAAAAUCCGCCCAACAUUUGGUGUUAUCCAAACCACAGGAAUACCCUUUGACCGUGAAGAACAAGAGUUUUAUGAGCUAAUUGUUGAGGCAAGAAGGGAGCAUGACCAUCUGCACGUGGCCAGAGUUAUGGUAAAAGUUCAAGUUGAGGAUAUUAACGACAAUGCACCUGUGUUUGUUGGACUUCCUUAUUAUGCAGCAGUUCAAGUAGAAGCUGAACCAGGAUCACCCAUUUUCAGCGUCACUGCAGUGGAUGGUGACAAAGGCGUCAACGGAGAGGUGUCUUACUAUCUGAAGGAGGACCAUGGUCAUUUUGAAAUUAAUCAGCAGACAGGUACUAUCAGCCUGAAGAGAUCGUUUGAGUCUGAUUUAUCCAACAUGGAUUAUCAGCUGCUGAUAUAUGCCAGAGAUGGUGGGUACCAUCCCCUCUCUUCUACUGUUGAGUUUCCCAUCACUGUAGUCAACAAAGCCAUGCCUGUCUUUGACAAAUCCUUUUAUUUAGUUUCUGUAAAUGAGGACGUGGAUGUGCACACACCCAUUCUUAGCAUCAAUGCGACUAGUCCUGAAGGUCAAAACAUAAUCUAUACCAUUGUUGGUGGGGAUCCAUCUCUUCAGUUUGAUAUUGGGUUUGAUACCGGCAUCAUAAGUGUAAUCCACUCUUUGGAUUAUGAAACAACGUCAUCUUACCACCUGACCAUCAGAGCCACAGACUUUCUGACAGGAGCCCAUGCUGAAGUUACUGUUGAUGUGUUUGUUCAAGACAUCAAUGAUAACCCACCUGUCUUCAACAAGAUGUCCUACAGGGUGGUCCUGUCUGAAACGGCCAUGAUUGGAACUCCUGCAAUUCAAGUUACUGCCACAGACAAAGACUCAGAGAAGAACAACGUAGUUCGUUAUCAGAUAUUCUCCGAUGUACAUAACAGCACAGAUUACUUCCACAUUGACAGUAGCAGUGGAUUGAUUCUGACAGCACGUAUGCUGGACCAUGAAGUAGUCCAGGAGUACAUCUUUGUUGUCAGGGCCACUGAUAAUGGUUUCCCAUCACUCAGCAGUGAAGUCUCAGUGACUGUUGUGUUAAAUGACAUGAAUGACAAUCCUCCAGUUUUUAACCAGCUACUCUAUGAGGCAUAUGUCAGCGAGUUAGCACCAAAAGGACACUUUGUUACCUGUGUUCAGGCCUCUGAUGCUGAUAGGUCUGACUCUGACAAACUGGAGUACAGCAUUUUAUCAGGAAAUGAAAGGAUGGAUUUUGUGAUGGAAAGAAAUACAGGAAUCAUCACACUGUCCAGUCACCGCAAGCAAAGGAUGGAGCCUGCCUACAACCUAAACGUGUCGGUAUCUGACGGAGUGUUCACCAGCACUGCACAGGUGCACGUCAAAGUGCUGGGAGCCAACCUGCACAAACCUGUGUUUGAACAGAAUGCAUACGAGGCCGAGUUAAAAGAGAACGCUCCUGCAGGAACCAAAGUGAUUCAGGUGAAGGCAACAGAUGCAGACCCAGGAGAGUUUGGUCUUGUCACUUAUUCCUUCGUUAACGAUGUGGGCAAUGACCAGUUCAACAUCGAUAACAAGGGUCAGAUCAGCACAGCAGAGAAGCUGGACCGUGAGGAUCCAUCCAAUAAGGACAUUGUUCUCACUGUAGCAGCUCAGGAUUCAGGUGGACGUGUCUCUUUUUGCACAGUACAUCUUACUAUCGUGGAUGAAAAUGAUAAUGCACCACGCUUUAGUGCCUCAGAGUACCGAGCCUCACUCAAAUACGAUGUCACCCAAGGCUUUUUGAUAACACAAAUUCAGGCUCAGGAUCCUGACUAUGGCACUAAUGCCAAAGUAACGUUUUCACUGUAUAGUGAGGCUCAUGUCCCUGUAGCAGACAUUCUGGAAAUAGACCCAGACAGUGGUUGGAUGGUGACUAAAGGCAGCUUCAGUCACUUGAGGAACUCUGUGUUAUCCUUUUUUGUGAAGGCUGUUGAUGGAGGGAAUCCAGUUAGACACUCUCUAGUGCCUGUUUACAUUCACGUCCUGUCUCCUGAUGCUUUCAUUCCUUUCUUUAGUCAGCAUUAUUACAUCUUCAGCAUACCAGAGAACACACCUAUAGGUUCAGUCAUAGGGACCGUUCACCUCAACGUUCCUCCUGAACAUACGUCAGUCCCUGUGACCUUUGCCUCUGUUAAUGGAGAAACGGGUGAAAACAACCAGGAUGGUGUUUUAGUUGUGGAAAAGGAUACAGGAGUGAUCAAACUGGACAAACCCUUGGACCAUGAGGUCAUCAAAGGAUUUUAUUUUAAAAUCAUUGCCACUGCACAACAGACAAAGCUGAACUCUGUGUCUUCUGUGGAUGUUGAGGUCAAAAUUUUGGACCUUAAUGACAAUAAACCAGCUUUUGAGGCCAACUCCUACGCUACUACGGUUAUGGAAGGAAUGACCGUUGGAACUAAAAUCAUCCAAAUCAAAGCUCAGGACCCAGACUCAGGGGCCAAUGGCCAAGUCACCUACAGUCUUGGCUCAUCAAUCCAAGCAGAGGAGGGUUCAGAAACGUUGGCUCGUACCUUCAGCAUAGACAGUAACACUGGCUGGAUCUUUACACGCAAAGAAUUAGACCACGAGACCAACCCAAGCUACAUGUUCACAGUUGUGGCUUCAGAUCUUGGAGAGACCCUGUCCCUGUCCAGUACCACCACAGUGACGGUGGCUGUGUCAGACAUCAACGACCACCCGCCCAGGUUCAUGGAGAGCUACUACUUCAGUUCAGUUCAGGAGAGCAGCCCCCCCGGUGAGGUGGUAGCCAUGCUGAACACCAGGGAUGACGACAACUCUGCUGUCAAUCGACAUGUCAGUUACCUCAUCACAGGUGGGAAUCAUCAUGGUGUGUUUGCACUCGGCCUGGUUCAGGGAGAAUGGAAGAUGUACGUGAAGGGACCACUGGAUCGGGAAGAGCGCAAUCUCUACAUCAUCAAUGUCACUGCGACUGAUGGACUUUUUGUUUCCCAGACGACUGUGGAGGUGACAGUUCUUGACGUCAAUGACAACAACCCCAUCUGUGACCAGGCGGUUUACUCUGCCAGUAUUCCAGAGGACCUCCCGGUCCACAGCAUGGUGCUGAGAGUUGGAGCCACAGAUGCAGAUGUAGGAAACAGUGCUCGGAUUCAUUACUCCCUGCAUGGUUCUGGAUCCCAGGACUUCAACAUGGAUCCGGACACCGGUGAAAUCAAGUCAUCAGUAACUCUGGACCAUGAGACCACACCUCACUACAGGUUAAUUACUCAGGCAGCUGAUGGUGGAGGCCGGUGGUGCAGCGCUGAGCUUCAUCUGACAGUGACCGAUGUGAACGACAACCCCCCCACCUUCACCAUGUCACAGUAUACUGCCAGUGUGUAUGAAGACACCGCCAUCAAGGCUCUGCUCACUCGUAUACAGGCCAUAGAUCCUGAUGAAGCAGGUCCAGGUCGGACGGUGGUCUACUCCCUGGCUGAUUCUGCAGGAGGACUCUUCUCCAUCGAUCAGGUCUCAGGCAUCGUCGUCCUGGAGCACACUCUGGAUCGUGAAGUCCAGCCAACCCAUCAGAUCACUGUGUGUGCGUCAGAUCAGGGCUCACCUCAGCCUCUCUCCUCACUGGUCAACGUCACGAUCACCGUGUUAGACAUCAACGACAACCCUCCUGUGUUCGAGCGCCGGGAUCAGCUGGCAACGGUACCAGAGGAUGUGCGCGUCGGCACCGAGGUGGUGAGAGUUUACGCUGCCAGCAAAGACAUCGGUACCAACGCAGAGAUCACGUACAGCAUCCGAUCAGGCAACGAGCACAGGAAGUUCCACAUUCACCCUCUGACUGGAGCCAUUUUAGUGGCCCAGCCUCUGGACUAUGAGACCUGCAGGGACUACUUCCUGACAGUAGAGGCUCGUGAUGGAGGCACGCCCACUCUGAGCGCCGUCACCACCGUCAACAUCAACCUGACAGACGUCAACGACAACACACCCGUGUUCAGCCACGACCUGUACUCUGCAGUGCUGUCAGAAGAUGCUGCUGUUGGACAGUUUGUUGCCAAGCUGGUAGCAGAAGAUGCUGACAGCAAUCUGAACGGAGCCAUCCUCUACGCCAUUGUCAGUGGAGACCAGAACAACCAGUUUUUUAUUGACCCAAUAAGUGGAGUCAUCAAGGUCAACAAGCCACUGGACCGUGAGACAGUUUCCAGUUACUCUCUGGCCAUCAGAGCUUUGGAUACUGGAACUCCACCAAUGUCCUCCACCACAAUGGUCAACAUUGAAAUCUCUGACAUCAAUGACAACGCCCCCACCUUCGCCCCCACCAACCUCACUGCUGUCAUACAGGAAAACAAGCCGAUCGGCACCACCAUCCUGCAGCUGUCGGUCCUGGAUCAGGACUCGUCUCGUAAUGGACCCCCCUUUCACUUCAGCAUCCUGUCUGGAAACGAGGGGAGGGAGUUCGUGCUGGAGAGAGAGGGGACGCUUGUGGCCAGUCACGUCUUUAGGAGGGACAUAGCUACUGAAUAUGCUCUUCAUAUACAGGUGUCAGACUCUGGGAAGCCUCCUCUGUCCUCCUCCUCUGUUUUGACAGUCAGAGUGAUCGAGGAGAGCCUCCAUCGACCCGUUGCCCUGCCCCUGGAGAUUCAUAUAGUCACCAUGGAGGAUGAGUUUCCUGGUGGUGUGAUUGGUCAGCUGCACGCCACUGAUGCUGACCCUUACGAUGCUCUUACAUUUGGACAUGCCCCUCCAGCCCAUCGCAGUCUGUUUAAGAUCAGUCCCCAUGAUGGGAAGAUCAUUGCUCUGGGGGGUCUGGAUGCGGGGGAAUACUUUCUCAAUGCCAGUGUCAGUGAUGGCCGCUUCGUUGUACCUGUUCCUAUCACGGUGCACGUGGAGCAAGCCACACUGGAGAUGCUCCGGGAUGCAGUGACAGUGCGCUUUGAGAGUGUAGCUCCACAAGAUUUUGUGGCCUUGUACCUGAAGAGUGUCCUGAAGGUGAUGCAGCAGGCGGCCAUGUCUCAACAACGCGACACGCUGCACCUGCUCAGCCUGCAGCCUGUUGGAGGGACACAGCAACUGGACCUGCUGGUCUGUGUGCAGACAGCAGGAGGAGGCUUCUACAAGGCUGCUUACCUCACGCAGAAGCUCAGCACAUCACGGAGGAAGCUGGAGGAGGUGCUCAGAGUCUCUGCCAUCCUGGAUAAGAACUGUUCAGGGCUGGAGUGUCGAGGGGCGCAGUGUGAACAGAGCAUCAUCCUGGACUCACACAACCUGGCCACGUACAGCACCCCUCGGGUCAGUUUUGUCUCCCCUCGGUUCCACCGGACCUCACGCUGUACAUGCACUGAUGCCAGUUGUGCUGUUGUGUCAGAACAGUGCGAAGAACAGCUGUGUCCACCAGACAUGCAGUGUGUUUCAGUAGAAGCCACCAGAGGGCGCUAUGCAUGUCAGUGUCCACGAGGCAAGCUGGGAGAGUGUGCAGGACAUUCCUCUCUGAGUUUCUCAGGGAACAGCUACAUCAAGUACAGACUGUCGGACCAGCUGCAGGCGGAGCUGAAACUGACCCUGAGGAUCCGGACCUUGCAGAGCCAAGGAAUCAUCAUGUAUAUGCACACAGAGCGCUGUAUCAUUCUCAAGUUGGAGCAGGGGAAGCUGUGGUUCCAGCAGUCCUGUAACGGGGGCUCCGGUGAACCUCCUGACUUGUUGGGUCCUGCUGGUCGGCGGAUCAAUGAUGGGAACUGGCACACCGUGGCUCUGGAGCUGAACCGUAACUUCAGCAGCCUGGCUCUGGACAACAGCUACGUGGAGCAGCGCCAUGCCCCGCUCUCAAUCAGGACCUUCUCUCCAGACAGAACCAUCUACUUUGGAGCUCUGGUACAGCCUCCGAACUCCCGCAGCCUUGUGGCCUCCCAGAAGGACCCGCGAGUCCACGAGGGGUUCCAAGGAUGCCUGGACUCGGUCCUGCUGAACAACAGAGAGCUCCCUCUACAGAACAAACGCUCGCAGUAUGCAGAGGUGGUGGAACUGACAGAGCUGAAGCUGGGCUGCAUUCUCUACCCUGACGCCUGCCAGCAUCAGCCCUGUCACAACGGAGCCACCUGCACCAGUCUGCCCUCUGGUGGGUUCACGUGCAGCUGUAAUCCUCAGUACACAGGUGGCAGCUGUGAAAUGGAGAUAACGGUGUGUGUUCCUAACCCGUGUCAGAACAGUGGAGUGUGUAAACCCAUUGGAAACGCCUUCCUCUGCAGCUGCAGGAGAGGCUUCAAGGGUCUGAUCUGUGAAGAAGAUGUGAACGAAUGUGAGCGCAGUAAUCCUGAGGGUCAGUGUGAGAACGGAGGCUCUUGUGUCAACACUCCUGGCUCCUUCUACUGUAACUGCACCCCGGGCUUUGUGGGCCAGCGCUGCAGCCUGCGGGCGGUUGUUGUUCCCGACAUGCAGGCCGGGCAUGCCGUGGUGGGCAAAGAGGAGCUGAUUGGCAUCACGGGGGUCUUUUUUGUCAUCAUUGUCCUCAUCAUCCUUUUCAUAGCUUUCCGUAAGAAAGUGUUCCAGAAGAACUAUUCUCGGAGCAACCUAUCUCUGGUCCAGGACCCGGCCACUGCAGCUCUUCUCAACAAGGCCAGCUGUGUUCAGUUUAAGACUCUGCACUGUGGACCAGGAGACCCUCUCAGUCUGUACUCAGAAAUGGGUUUAGACCCUUCUAUGGUGGGAGGGGUCAGUGUCAUGGGACCCCCACAGGUUCCUGUCAGACCCAUGGCAUACACCCCUUGUUUCCAAGGAGAACCACUGUCCAAGCUGGAGAAGCUGUCCGAUGGUCACGUUGUAGAACACACAGAGAUGAGCACUUUUCACCCUGAAUCCCCCAGGAUCCUCACUGGGACCACCAGAAGAGGGGUGGUGGUGUGCAGCGUGGCCCCCAACCUGCCGCCUGUGUCACCAUGUCGCUCAGACUGUGACUCCAUCCACAAGAGCCCUUUGGCAGGGGAUGAAGCUAAAAUGAUCGACAUGACAGAAGAAGAAACGUGUUUCUCUGGGAACAACAAAGGCAGUAAUUCAGAGAUCCAGUCCCUGAAUUCUUUCCAGUCGGACUCUUGUGACGACAACGCCUCCAUUGUGACUGUCAUUCGACUGGUUAAUGAUGCAGUCGACACAAUCGAGAGUGAAGUGUCAGUAAUGGACCAAGGUGAAACCUACAACAAAGCUUAUCACUGGGACACAUCAGACUGGAUGCCGAGCACGAGGCUGUCAGACACCGAGGAAGAGCCAAACUACGAGGCAGCUCCUGGCUCUGACCCGGCCGGCUUGGCCCCCGGUCCUGGAGCAGCCACCAAUGAACUGGAAUCAGACUACUACCUCGGAGGCUAUGACGUGGACAGCGACUAUCCUCCUCCUCAAGAAGAAUUUCUAAGCCACGACCAGGUACCGCCUCCGCUGCCCACAGGCGAGGAAUAUCCAGAACCCUAUACACCACUACUCGCCAGUCUGCCAGCAUCCAAGGACCAGAACUCCAGCAGUGCAAGGAACCAGCAUGCCAGGCCACACUUCCACCUGAGCCAGUACCUCCCCUCCCAUCAGAUACCCACUGGGGAGGUGCCCCAUGGGGACUUUAGCACUUCCGGGGGUCAGGUAUCACCAGGACUUGGUGAUCUCACUGACUCUGUCUCACUAAAUAUGCACCAAUCAGUCAGGACAUCGUCUGCUUCGGACACGUCAGCUCCUUGUGGGCUGGACUCUGAACACGACAGCAGUUUGGAAAGUAUAAAUGGACUUCGAAGAGGGGUAACCAUCAUCACCGACUCACAGCAGCAAACUGAAGUGUGAUGUUUUAACCAGGUGUUUCCACGAAAGCCACAGGAGCAUGUCGGUGCACCUGCCCUCUAUGAUUAAACAACAACGUACUGUCCUCACAUUCUUAUCCCCAAACCUGUUUCUGGAGACCCUUCAGGAAAGGCCCAAUUCUUUGAAGUGGGGUUCUGUGGAAAGCAGAGCUUAGCUAACCCUAAUGUGUCGAUUUUAAGGAGGAGAUAAUAAAGUUUGAUCAGUUUGUGACAGAAGGAGCUGAUCAGACGUCAAGGACAGGUGGAGGUGUUGACCUGAAGCAGUGGUGGGCACCAGCCCGCUAAAGAGCAAAUCCACUAAUUGCGGACCUAAAUAUUUUGUUUGCACUUUAGCG